AUGGCUGUCUUGUUCCUGCUGCUGCUACUAAGCCUACUGAUCUUUCACCUAGGACUCGGUAUCUGGGUCAUUUUUAAGCAUUUCCUCACCAUAGAUGUUCCCUCUGCCUUGGAAAGUCCUGUGAAGAUGAGAUUCCUGCAUUGUAUGUUCUUAUAUGUGGCCACUUUGGGGAAUGUACUAGAAAAGUUGAGAAUUUGCUCUCUGUUCAGAUUUAUUCAGCUCAUACAAGACAAAAUAUUCACAAGGCAUCAGGACCCUAAAGUGGUGGUGACUGACCUGCACUUCGGAACAAUCCCUGUGAGGCUGUUCCAGCCCAAGGCAAUGUCCUCCAGUUCCUGUCGAGGCUUUAUCUUCUAUCAUGGAGGAGGCGCAAUUUUGGGUAGCCUGGAUUGUUACCACAAUGUAUGCGUUUUCCUAGCUCGGGAAAUGGAUGCUGUGCUGCUGUCUGUCGGAUACCGAAUGCUUCCUGACUACCACUACCCUGUCAUUACCAGGGACAGUCUGAAUGCCACCAUCCACUUCCUGAAGAAACUGAAAACCUAUGGCGUGGACCCUUCCCGGGUUGUGGUGUGUGGGGACAGCAUUGGAGCAGGGGUUGCAGCCCAGGUCACCCAGGCUUUGUUGGGCCAAAAAGAUCUUCCCAAGAUCCGGGCUCAAGUUCUAAUUUAUCCAGUUGUCCAGGGCCUCAAUUUCCAGUUACCAUCCACUCAGCAGAACAAAAAUGUGCCAUUCCUCACCCUGGACUUGUUGAUGAUGUGCAUUUGUAAAUAUAUGGCUAUUGACCUCUCCUGGAAAGAUUCCAUGCUGAAGGGUGCUUGUAUUCCCCAAGAGACCUGGAAGAAGUACAAGAAAUGGCUCAGCUCUGACAACAUCCCCAAGAGUUUCAAGAACAAAUACCAGGAACCCCUGUUUCCUGGGCCUUUUAAUGAGACUGCCUAUCUGGAAGUGAAACAUAUGUAUUCUGUGGAAAAUUGCCCCAUCCUAGCAGAUGAUGAAACCAUUGCUCAGCUUCCUGACCUCUUCCUAGUGACCUGUGGUCAGGACAUCCUCCGUGAUGAUGGCUUGCUCUAUAAGAAGCGCUUGGAAGACCAGCAGGUCCCAGUGAGCUGGUACCAUGUGGAUGAUGGCUUCCAUGGAUGCAUACUUUUAUUUGAUAAGAAGCCUUUCUCUUUCUCAUGUGCCCAGAAUAUUUUAAAUGCUAUAAUCCGUUAUGUAAAGCACAUAUGA